AGCAAUUCCCGCCCAAUCCACAUUCGGCACCGGGGGUUCAACUUCCAGCGAUACACCCAUCACCACCACUUUACUCGACAGAACUGAUGAGCACGACGAUCCGAUAUUGAGAUUCACGAGAACGAUAAUCGAAACGAAGAAAAGCGGCGCUGAGCGCCAUAGGCGUAGCGAGGCGAAACACCGCUCAAACCCCCGCGUGGAUUCACUGCGACGCUUGCGGCUCUGGGCGAAAACGACAAGUGUUGGCUCCUUCGACUGCCGAUCACCACACACCCCUCGCCCUCCUUUAACGCACGGCUAGACUCAACCACGAACGCAACCUUACGCCCCCAGGGCCAGAUCCUCUCCAAAGCAUGCCUCCCAAAACCCCAAACAACACGGGCACGCCCAUCUUCUCAACAUCCAUCUUCUCCUCCAACGCCGCUUCCCGCCCAACCACGCGCGACGGCCACGCCGUUGAUCCUUUAAACACAAGCAGCAUCCUCCCCAAAGACCGCAAAGCUUCGUUCUCGCGAAAGGCAUCGCUGUCGAGUAGACGCGGGAGUUCGUUUGGGAACGGGCCCAGCGCUUUUGUCACGGAUGCUACGGCGCCUCCUGCGCUGCCGGAUUACGCUCUCUCUGCUGCUGCGAAGGUAGCGCCUAGACCAGACGGUGUGGAGAGUGCAGCGGCGCCGGUGGAAGUUCAGAUGUUGAGUAGGAGUGCGACGGGGUCGACGACCCUUCAUGGGGGGAUCGUGCCGAAUACGCCGAUUGGGAUAAUGCCGAAUGGGGCGGUUGGGACGGCGGGAAUGUGGCAGCAGAAUGAGGCGGGGAUAAUGCAUCAUCAUGUUACGGAGCUUGCGAAUAAGCGCAUCGCGACGUUGGAGUAUCUGCGGAAAGCACAUGAAGGACGGAUUUAUUGGUUCAAGACAUAUCUCUUCGAAAAGACGGACCUUACUCGCAUGCCCUCCCUCGACGCUCGAAAGCUCGGUCGCAAAGCAACGAACCAUCUCCUCCUCGGCCUCUCCCUCCCGACAAUCAUCGACCUGUACUCCUCCACAUCGAUCGAAUUCCUCCGAAGCCUAAACUCCCUCCUCUCCGAAUUCGACUCCUUCCAACAACUCCACGGCGAAUCAUCAACCGCUGCAUCGCUCACCCGCGCGCGUCUGCCAAGCAUGUUCCGUCGUCCAGGCGGUAAAUCUCGUCGCUCGACAUCAGCAGCUGACAUGCACCCCAUGGUCGACGAAAUGGCUUCUCUCCCUGCAGCUGGUGGUCCUGCACCAUCGGUGAUGAACUUCGCAGCUGCUGAGACAGAUCUCCUACCCGGAGAAGAGUAUACUUUUCUGCUCACGCCUUCGCUUCCGUUUGAUCCCGAUUACUUUGAGACGUUUGCGACGCUGUGCGAUGUGUUGAUCGAUUGCUACACGAGGUUUCUGGCAUUGGUACCUUCACCUAGAGAGUGUUCUGCACCUGUCGCCGAACUCUUCACGAAAGCGGAUUCGCGCGUGCGCAAGAUAAUUGUGCAAGGCAUAGUGCGGGACUUCGAGGAGCAGAGUCGGAGUCAUGUUAAGACGGAGGUGGCUAGUAUCGGAAAGGUUGUCCUAGGAGGAUUAAUGUGAAAUGGACUUGAAUGCAUGGAGUUAGCUGGGAGCGUGGUAUCCUCAUCGGAUGCAUGCUGGAGUUUGGUUCGGUUCUUGAUACGUAUAAUGGCACGAAGAUAUGAAGCGUCGGAUAUCGUCGUCUAUUCAGCAGUUUUGGGUUCCCUACAGCGGGUUCUGUACAUGAUAAUACAAUGUCUAUGCUACAGUGUUGUACACAUCUAUUUCUUGCC